CGCGCGGGGCUGGCGCAGGCGCGGCGGGUCCCCAUUCUUCCCGGGGCGGCGGGGCGGGCGCAGCCAUGCAGCGCUGCGGGCACUGAGCCCGCCGGGCCCGCCCCGCCUCGCGCCGCCGAAAGAAUGGACUGCUGAAUUGGGAAUUAUUGCAGACCCAACAGGACAGCACUGCUCGUUGCUUCAUCUAUUGCUGGUUAUUUAAAUUGGACUUUUAAUAUCCUGCCAGCUGCUGUUCACACACACAUGGUGCAUUGUUGCCAUUCUCAGAAUUGCAUCUUUGAAACCCAGACCCUCAGUAACCUUCAUCGAACAAAGAGGCGACCUCCUGCGUCCGUUCGUAGAGGGAUUUGUCGGACCGUCUGCCCUCUAGCUUUCUUGCUGGUGCUGUGUUUCUAAGACACCAUGGAGCCCAGUAUGGAGUACUGCCUAGCGCAGGUGCUGCAGAAGGAUGUUGGGAAGAGGCUUCAGGUUGGCCAGGAACUGAUAGAUUACUUCUCAGAUAAACAGAAGUCAGCUGAUCUCGAACACGAUCAGACGAUGCUGGAUAAAAUGGUUGAUGGACUGGCCACCUCUUGGGUCAAUUCCAGCAAUUACAAGGUGGUCCUCCUGGGCAUCGACAUCCUCUCCGCCCUGGUGUCGCGCCUGCAGGACCGCUUCAAGGCCCAGAUCGGCACAGUGCUGCCAAGUUUGCUCGACAGGCUGGGAGACUCCAAAGACUCGGUGAGGGAGCAGGAUCAGACCUUGCUGCUGAAAAUCAUGGAUCAAGCUGCUAACCCGCAGUACGUGUGGGAUAGGAUGCUAGGAGGAUUCAAACACAAGAAUUUCCGGACGAGAGAAGGGAUCUGCCUCUGCCUUAUUGCAACACUCAAUGCAUCUGGAGCUCAGAGCUUAACGCUGAGUAAGAUAGUGCCACACAUCUGUAACUUACUUGGAGAUCCCAACAGCCAGGUUCGAGAUGCAGCAAUAAACAGCCUUGUGGAGAUCUACAGACACGUCGGUGAACGUGUAAGGGCUGAUCUCAGUAAAAAAGGAUUACCCCAGUCUCGGUUGAAUGUAAUUUUUACAAAAUUCGACGAGGUCCAGAAAUCUGGAAACAUGAUCCAGAGUUCAGGGGAUAAAAAUUUUGAUGAUGAAGACUCUGUGGAUGGGAACAGACCUUCCUCUGCUAGCUCCUCUACAUCUUCAAAGGCCCCUGCAAACUCACGUAGGGUUGGGAUGGGGACUACCCGCAGACUUGGGUCUGCGCCUCUGGGAUCCAAGUCCUCAACAGCCAAAGAGGGAGCAGGUGCUGUGGAUGAAGAAGACUUCAUUAAGGCAUUUGAAGAUGUCCCAACAGUUCAGAUUUAUUCUAGCCGGGAUCUUGAGGAAUCCAUAAACAAAAUAAGAGAGAUACUAUCAGAUGACAAGCAUGACUGGGAACAAAGAGUAUCUGCUUUGAAAAAGAUCCGCUCCUUACUCUUGGCUGGAGCUGCAGAAUAUGAUAACUUCUUCCAACACUUGCGACUCUUGGAUGGAGCAUUUAAAUUAUCUGCUAAAGACCUGCGGUCUCAGGUAGUGCGAGAGGCUUGUAUCACCUUGGGACAUUUGUCAUCAGUUCUGGGAAACAAGUUUGACCAUGGGGCAGAAGCCAUUAUGCCAACAAUUUUUAAUCUAAUUCCAAAUAGUGCCAAAGUCAUGGCCACUUCUGGUGUUGUAGCAGUUAGGUUAAUCAUUCGACAUACGCACAUCCCUCGACUAAUACCCAUCAUAACUAGUAAUUGUACCUCCAAGUCUGUCGCAGUUAGAAGGCGCUGUUUUGAGUUUUUAGACCUGCUGCUGCAGGAGUGGCAAACUCACUCCCUAGAAAGACACAUAUCAGUGUUAGCUGAAACGAUAAAGAAGGGAAUUCACGAUGCAGACUCUGAAGCCAGGAUAGAGGCAAGAAAGUGUUACUGGGGUUUCCACAGUCACUUCAGCCGAGAGGCAGAGCAUUUGUACCACACUCUGGAGUCCUCCUACCAGAAGGCCCUGCAGUCGCAUUUGAAGAACUCUGACAGCAUUGUGUCCUUGCCACAAUCGGAUCGCUCCUCCUCCAGCUCCCAGGAGAGUCUCAACCGUCCAUUGUCUGCCAAAAGAAGUCCUACUGGAAGUACUACAUCUAGAGCAUCUACAGUAAGUACAAAAUCUGUGUCAACACCAGGAUCUCUGCAGCGGUCCCGCAGUGACGUUGAUGUGAAUGCAGCUGCUAGUGCCAAGUCGAAAGUGACAUCUUCUGGAGCAUCUACCCCCUUCAGUUCUGCUGCAGCCUUGCCCCCAGGCUCAUAUGCAUCACUAGAUGGUACUACCACUAAAACUGAGGGUCGGAUUCGUACAAGGAGACAGAGCUCUGGCAGUGCCACAAGUGUCACCUCAACACCUGCUGAUACCCGAGGCCGCAGCCGGGCUAAAGUGGUUUCCCAGUCCCAACGAUCCAGAUCAGCUAAUCCUGCUGGUGCUGGUAGCCGGUCUAGUUCUCCGGGUAAGCUGUUAGGAAGCGCCUAUGGUGGCUUGAGUGGUGGAACAUCCAGAGUUCAGCCAGUGCCAUCAUCUUCAGAGAAGCGCAGCAAGAUCCCUCGGAGCCAGGGAUGCAGUCGAGAGACAAGUCCCAACAGAAUAGGACUAGCACGGAGCAGUCGUAUCCCCCGACCCAGCAUGAGUCAGGGGUGCAGCCGUGAUACCAGCCGUGAGAGCAGUCGAGAUACAAGCCCUGCUCGGGGCUUUCCUCCACUUGCUUCUCGACGUCAUUCCAGGUCCACUAGUGCUCUCUCCACUGCUGAUUCUGUUGGGCAGUCAGACCGGUUUGGACUCGGACAGCCAGGCAGGAUGCCUGCUUCUGUGAAUGCCAUGCGAGUCCUGAGCACAAGCACAGAUCUGGAGGCUGCUGUGGCUGAUGCACUGCUGUUAGGAGACUCCAGGAGCAAGAAAAAGCCCGUGAGAAGAAGAUAUGAACCCUAUGGGAUGUACUCAGAUGAUGACGCUAACAGUGAUGCAUCAAGUGCUUGCUCCGAGCGCUCCUAUGGUUCCAGGAAUGGGGGCAUUCCACACUACCUGCGGCAGACUGAAGAUGUGGCUGAGGUCCUGAACCACUGUGCCAGCUCCAACUGGUCUGAAAGGAAGGAGGGGCUCAUAGGUCUUCAGAACUUACUGAAAAGCCAGCGGACGCUGAGCCGAGUCGAGUUAAAAAGGCUUUGUGAAAUAUUUACUCGCAUGUUUGCUGACCCUCACAGCAAGAGAGUCUUCAGCAUGUUUCUGGAAACCCUGGUUGAUUUCAUCAUCAUUCAUAAAGAUGACUUGCAGGAUUGGCUUUUUGUUCUCCUGACACAGUUGCUAAAGAAAAUGGGAGCGGAUUUGCUGGGGUCUGUGCAAGCAAAAGUUCAAAAAGCUCUGGAUGUUACCAGGGAUUCUUUUCCAUUUGAUCAACAAUUUAACAUUUUGAUGAGGUUUAUUGUGGAUCAGACCCAAACACCAAACCUCAAGGUGAAAGUUGCUAUCCUGAAGUAUAUUGAGUCCUUGGCAAGACAGAUGGAUCCAACAGACUUUGUGAACUCCAGUGAGACAAGACUUGCUGUAUCUAGAAUUAUAACUUGGACAACAGAACCAAAGAGCUCAGAUGUGAGAAAGGCAGCGCAAAUAGUCUUGAUUUCCCUCUUCGAACUGAACACUCCUGAGUUUACCAUGUUACUUGGUGCCUUGCCAAAAACAUUCCAGGACGGUGCUACCAAGCUCCUGCACAACCACCUCAAGAACUCCAGUAACACCAGUGUGGGUUCUCCCAGCAAUACCCUUGGUCGGACUCCUUCCCGGCACUCCAGCAGCAGAACCAGCCCCUUAACUUCACCUACCAACUGUUCCCAUGGUGGGCUGUCUCCAAGUCGGUUCUGGGGUUGGAGUGCAGACGGGCUGUCGAAGCACCCCCCUCCCCUUUCUCAGCCUAACUCCAUCCCCACCGCUCCUUCCCACAAGACUUUCAGGCGCUCUUAUUCUCCCAGUAUGCUGGAUUAUGACACGGAGAACCUAAAUUCUGAUGAAAUCUACAGCUCUCUUCGUGGAGUCACAGAAGCGAUUGAAAAAUUUAGUUUCCGUAGUCAAGAGGAUCUGAAUGAGCCAAUCAAACGUGAUGGAAAGAAAGACUGUGACAUUGUGUCUCGAGAUGGUGGCCUUGCGGUACCUACUAGUGAUGUCCGUGGAAGUAGUGACAUUGUAGAGGGAGGAAGGAUGGCUCUCGAUAACAAAACCUCCUUACUGAACACCCAGCCUCCACGCGCCUUUUCAGGGCCACGUGCUCGAGAGUAUAACCCCUAUCCUUAUUCCGACACAAUUAACACUUACGACAAGACUGCCCUCAAGGAAGCAGUGUUUGAUGAUGACAUGGAUCAGCUUCGGGAUGAAGUACCCAUUGACCAUUCGGAUUUGGUGGCUGACCUUCUGAAAGAGCUCUCUAACCACAAUGAACGGGUGGAGGAGCGAAAAGGAGCUCUCCUGGAACUUCUAAAGAUCACAAGGGAAGAUAACCUCGGAGUUUGGGAGGAACAUUUCAAAACCAUUUUGCUCCUGCUGCUGGAAACACUUGGAGACAAAGAUCAUUCAAUAAGAGCCCUGGCACUGCGAGUCCUUAGAGAGAUCUUACGGAAUCAGCCAGCAAGGUUUAAAAACUACGCGGAGUUGACCAUCAUGAAGACACUGGAAGCCCAUAAGGAUUCCCACAAGGAGGUCGUCAGAGCUGCUGAGGAAGCUGCUUCCACCCUGGCAAGCUCCAUCCACCCUGAGCAGUGCAUCAAGGUGCUUUGCCCCAUCAUUCAGACUGCAGAUUAUCCAAUCAAUUUAGCUGCCAUCAAAAUGCAGACGAAAGUUAUUGAGAGGAUUUCCAAGGAAUCGUUGCAUCAACUCCUUCCUGAUAUCAUUCCUGGAUUGUUACAGGGUUACGAUAACACAGAGAGCAGCGUCCGUAAAGCUAGUGUAUUUUGCCUAGUGGCAAUUUACUCAGUAAUUGGAGAAGAACUGAAACCUCAUCUCGCACAACUCACAGGAAGCAAGAUGAAACUACUAAACUUGUACAUAAAGAGGGCCCAGACCACCAACAGCAACAGCAGUUCCUCUUCAGACGUUUCAACGCACAGUUAAUGGAGAUGUGUGGACAUAUGUGUAGACUUAGAAGCAAUCAACGGUGCCUCUCAGAGACCUUUCUGCUACUCUUCACUGGCGCGCUCCAUCAGCUAAAGGAGGCCAUGCAGAUAUUUAUUGCAAUCAGUAUUUUAGUCCCUUAAAGCUUUUAUGUAGAAUCUUACUGGUAUUGAAUGUAAAGGAAGCAAGGUCUGUGUUGCAGUCUUCAUUAAAAGUGAACAACAGAAAGCCAUACUUAAACAUAUUUGUAUAGCCUGCUGAAAUCUCGGAAAUAUGUUUAGGUUAGCGUUCCAAAACAGAGUCCGAAAACCUGGACGUGCGUAAAGGUCAAACAAAUCUUGUUUUAGUUCAUGCCCAGUUUUGCUUUCUGUGCUCUAGUUACCCGCUGUCUCCCUGCGGCCGCAGCCCUUCUGGCUAGGCUCUCCUCUUACAACUCUUGUCGUCCUGUUUUGUACUUCCCAUCGCAGCUUGCCUAACGUGCAGGGCUCUCCACGAGGAGAUCUUUGCCAGUGUGGCUGUGGUUCCAGCCUUUGAUGCUUUAAUAAGGAGAUAUCAAGUGAGUAAUGAAAAAGUAGGUUCUUUUUAAAUAUCUGAGUUUUUGUAUAUAGUUCCUUUGACAGAUCUCCGAUGGGCUGAUUUCUCUGUAACUGCUCUCCAGCCAGCUGUGCUGUGUAGAGCAGCUGGGCUGUCGCUCCUUUCAUUGAUCGUGUAAAUAUUUCCCCUCUCCCAAACCCAUUUGGCUCUUUCAUGCGCUAAAAAAGACUCUUCAGGUUACUUGUUACUCCCCAAAGGGAACCUGAGUCACAGUUCUGGGACUGAUGCCCGUGUUCAGGCACUGGAGCUCGGUGGGUGUCGGAUCAGGCUCGAGCAUGUCCCCGGGUGGGCACUCGGAGCUGGCAGGGCGGUGUCGCAGCGCUGCCCUGCGAGGCUGGACGUAUUUUUACCCAGGUCCGUAGCGCCAAAGGGCUGACCUGCCGCUCUGACCGGGCCCGCCGAUGUUGGUAAAAAAUGGCUUGCUUUCUCCCUACGAAUCCUGUGCGCUUUGGGCAAACUGUUCAUCCCAGAGGACAGAAAGGGAAUCUGAAACUGGACAAAAUGACCCCGCGGAAGCUGAGGGCUGGCUGGGGUAGUGCUGGGCACCUGCUGCAGUUCCCCUCCUGUGCCUGAAGAGCCUGCAGUGCUGUUUGCUGCCUUCAGAAACCUCCUCCUCCUUCCCAGCCAGCCCCAGGCACAGCCCUGCUGGGUGCUUUGCAUUUUGGGGGGUGCUUGGGGUGCUGUGCUGGCUGAGGGCGCCGCGGGGCAAAUCCUUUUGCAACCUGAUGACACAGGCAGAGUCAGAGCCACGCCAGCAGCAGUCAGAUACCCGAUGGCACCGUCCUGCACCGAAGCGGGACCUCUCUGGGCGCAGAGGGUGAGCUCCCCAUCCUGUUGCCUCUGCCUGUGACCGGGGGAAGCAGCAGGAUGCCAGUGCUGUGUUCGGCCUGAAGCUGGAUCCUGGCUGGUGGGCAGGCCUGCCCCAUACCUGCCACGGAUCAGAACUGGGAUUUUGCCCCCAGUGAUGCAGGAGGACGGUGGCCUGCAGCUGUGUCGAUAGAUGUGUGCUCCCUGGCUUCUCUCAGUGCCUCAGUCUCUCUCCAGCCUCCUUCGUUUCCCCUUGGAGGAGCUGAAGGGACGCCUCGGCAGCACACUGGGAACAUGAGAGGUGCCAGAACUGCAGUGGGGAGGAUGAGGCCUUGUUGUCCUCCCUUUCCAUCAGUCCUUGCUCGUGUGGCCCAGCCCCAGGGAGCUGUGUUGGGAGCCGGCUCUGCUCCAAGUCCCCAGCUCAGGAGGGGCUGAGGUGUGUGAGGGCUGUGCGGGACUGGGCUCAGAGCUUCCUGGCCCCUUUCCCGGCUGGUGUGGGAGCAGAGGAGGUGACCUGCUCCCGAGGAUGUGUCCAGGCUUUUGCUGGCUGCAGGGCUGGUUUCCCUUGUGCUCCCCAGUGGAUAAUGCUGUGGCAGGAGGAGCCCUGUGAUCCUGGCGGUGGGAUUCCUGCGGGCUCUCUCCUCGCUAGAGGGAGGAUUGGCUGCUCCAUGGUUGGUGUCUCCCUUUCCGUGGACCAUUCCUUUUCAACAUCUUUCAGUACGCUUGUUACAAUAUUCUUUUUUUAUUUUUUUUUGAAUGAUUCAAAUUAUUUUAGUUUAACAUGAAUUUAUUUUCCCUUUUGAGGAAAUAUUCAGCCGACUUGUUGGCAGCAGUUAGCUGUCUUGUUCGAAUUUGUAGUAGUUUUUUUUUUAAGUUUUAUUUUUAUUCUGCUUAGUAUUUAUGCCUCUUUUUUCUCCCCAUCUCAGUUCAGCAUCUUCUGUUCCAGUUCUGGGGUUCAGAGGUCAGCAUGGCUGACCGGGUGGCAUUUAGUCCCUCCCAGCUGUGAUGGAGCUUGGUCCAUCACUCUUUGCUUUUUUUUCUUUUUUUUUUAAUUUUUGAAUGGCACACUGUAGCAAACCUCCAGGAAUCGAAUUCCUUCUCAAACGAUUUUAUAUAUUUUAUAAAAUCCUGUUAGUAUGCACUGAGAGUGAACGCACUGUAACGUCCCCGAACUGAGCCCAGCGCGUGCGCUGACACUACAGUAGGAGUUAACAGCUCGUCCCUGGGCAGUAGGUGUGAAAUCCGCUGCUGAUCUGAGGCUACAGAGAUGAGCACGUAUUUUUCAGAUACAAUUGGCACACUUGGGGCUGCAAAAUGGUAGAACCAGGCCUUACUUUCUUAAUCAGAUUCUGUUCCUGUUUUUCAACAGAUGCUCAUUAAGGUGUUCCUUCCUUUCGUUACAUGAGUCGGUCGCGGACUGUUCAUCCUUUGAGUACUCUAGACGUAUGUUAGACCUGUAUACAGUAGGGAGCAUUCUGCGUAGGUAUUUAUAAAACAUUGCGUAUAAUGUACAUAGUAAGGUUGUUUAGUAUGUUGAACAUGACCUGAUCCCUUUUUUUUUUUUCCUUUGAAGUACUCAAAGGGCUAGCUCUGAAUGUCACCUCUCUGAUCUCCAGCGUUCUGACUUCAAAAAGCUGUACAAUCAUUUUGUUUUCAGCAAGCAUAAAGGUCUCUCUGGCUACAAAUCACAGUGUCCACGCACGUUUGCAGAGAAAGAUCUGCAUGCUGGCAGGGCCUCACCGCACCGGUGAAGCUUGUGUUCACGUUCUCCCAGCAGUAGCCAUCUACUGCAGCUGCCUUUUUUUUUUUUCUCCUUGCAGCCCGUUAUGCAGGGCUUCAAUUUUUUCAUACCUUUGAAAAAAAAAAAAAAAAAUAAAAAAAAAAGAAAAAAGAAAAAAAAAGUGUUUUUUUUUUUUUUUGCCCACCAUGCUUUAAAAGUCUGAAUGGGAGAAAUCUCUCAGCAGACAGCGGCUCCUGGCUGUAAGGUUGCCGAAAAUCUCAGAUGUGGAUGUGUUUUUCUGCCAUUGGCUGCACCAGUGCUCCAUGGGCAUGGGCGAAUACCGGAUCCAUCUGCCCCCCAGGUCUACGUACUGUAGUUCUCAUGUAGUGCAGAAUUAUCGAGGCAUGUGGCUUUCUUAAGGUACACUAUGUGUGCUUGCCUGGAUUACAAUACAAUACGAGACUGUCUUUUUUUAUUGCUUACUACUAGCUUACUGAUAACCUAUAUAAGUAACAUAACUCACAUCUUUGUCAUCGAAACCUUUUUCUCCCCACCCCUUUAUUUAUCAAGCAUAAUAUUGCAUAUUAAGGGACAGAAAAAUAGACCUUUGUAGAACACAGCAGGACGUUGCUAACAAUGUUUUAAAUGGGAAGUGAAAAAAUGCUCUGAAAAAUGCCAGCCAUGAGAAAUGACUUUGCUGGCACCGUGUUCAUGCGCAUGGAUUUUUUUCUAUUUUUUCCGCUUUUGUCAUGUUACAUCCAUAUCUGUAUUUAUAUCUUUUGUUUCACUUUUGAGUGUAUCAUGGCAAUUGUACAGAUGUUUUUUGUUAACAUUUACGUGAUAGAAUUUGCUAAAAAAAAAAAUUAAAAUAAAACCUUUUGAGUUUGCCC